UUCAAACGAUGUCGGCUCUCUUUGAUAAACGGACGUCCAGGGUUUCUUUUGUCGGCGAGUUGCCCUCCUUCCCCCGUCUCUCCAGAACAGGCCCUGAAAACCGGACAAACUCCGGCUCCUGGCAAGAAUGGACCGCCACGGCUGUUGAAAAUGUUUACAACAACCAUGUGUAUGAGACGAGCGUCUACCUGCUGGGCGCCACCCUUGUCCUGGUCCUGGCGCUGGUGUUUUCUCCUCCGAGCUACACAGCCUUUUUGAGAUCCAACCUGCUUGUAAAAUUGGCAAUCAGGGCCACCAUUGUUUGCUCCUUUGCCGCUUUCAUUCUGCUCAGACCUCAUUUCAACUUUUCCGUUGACCUCCUGGCCUUGACGGCCAUGCUGCUGGCCACGUCCGUUGAGCUGAGUUGGGUUUGCCGCCAGUCGAGCUUGGGUUCGUACUCGGUGGCCCUGCUGAUGUGCACCUUGAUGGUGGUUGGCGUGAACCAGGGCGCCCUCGCCUCCAAGCCCAACCUGAUCGUCCUGGCCGGUCUGACCGUCGUGCUGCUGCUGCUGGUGACCAACCUGAACUUCAUCACGGCCAUCAUCGGCUCCACCAACGCGGUCAACCUGUUCAUCUACAGCCUGUCCACCGCCCUCGCCACGCUCAACAUCAUGGGACUGUCCGUGCUGAUCGGGGACGCGCAGUCGCACCCCUUCGAGAUCAAUGACAUGGUCAGCUGCGGCGCCUACAUGUACCUCAUGAUUGUCUUCCUCUUUGCCAAUAUUUUGCUUUUCACCGAGACGCUGCAGAACAUAUAAAUAAAAUUCAGUAUUUGAGUUAUAAUUUUAAUCAAAUUAUUUAAUUAUCUGUUGGGAAUCAAAACAAAUAAUGUUUUUUGGUUUUUAAUUUAAUUGCGACCCAAUUUUU